GAUAAAAAAGAAAAAAGAAAAAACAAAGUGAAGGUAAAAAGAAAAAAGAAGUUGCAAGGGUAUUAUUGUAAGAAUUUUAAAAGAAAGCGUACGAGAAUAAUUUCUUCUAAUAACUUAGAAAUUGAAACGGGGCAACUUUUGCAAGCAGACAGAUAAUGGAAGCCCAUUCCUAACAACAGCGUUGGAACCAACAUCAACUCCCAAGUGUUGUAGCAAACUGCCUGCCUGCCUGCUUGACAAGCACGCCUAUCACUCCUAUAUAAAGCUUUUGGAAACUGCCCUCUCGCUCUUCUUUCGCUUAUAACAAAACAAACAAACAAGCACUUGGUUCUCCCCAUGGCGAUAAGCCUCUUCCACUCCUGCUCGUAAUUAGUAACGAAGUCUUCUGCUUGUCAGUAAUAGAGGCUUUAGAGAGAAUUGCGGACAAUGACUACUAGACAAUUUAGUGGCAGUACACUUUGUAGGGGAUUGUCUACUACAAGUAAUGAACAGAAUGGACUAAUAAAGGGAAGGAAGUUUUCUUUGCGGUGCCCAAGUUUUGUUAUUCCUGAACGAUUAGCUUGUAAAGAUUUUGUUUCUAAUUCUUGUUUGUCUUCAGAGUACAUAAAUUCUUUAUCACCACUUGUGACUCGUCGCAGAAAGCCUCAAAUUGGCAUAGUUUAUAAUCAAUCUAGUUCUGGGUAUGGUGUGGAAUCUACUAAUGUGCAGGAGAGGUCAUCAUCUUCUGAAGAAGAAUAUGCCCUCAAUAGUUCAACUGAAGUACAAGUGGAGUCAUCUAGAGUAACAAUUAACCAACCAGAGUCUUCCGAUGCCAAACAUCAGCUUAUAAUGCUUUCUUUGCCUGCAAUUGCUGGACAGGCUAUUGAGCCCUUAACACAGCUGAUGGAGACGGCUUAUAUUGGUAGAUUAGGUCCUGUGGAGUUGGGUUCAGCUGGUGUUUCCAUAACAAUAUUUAACAAUAUAUCGAAGCUGUUUAAUAUGCCUCUUCUUAGUGUUGCGACUUCUUUUGUUGCAGAAGAGAUUGCCAAGAAUGGAAAAAAUUCAUCUUUAGAAAAGGUUAUUCAAGAAAACAGUACAAAUGGUAAGCCUACUGAUGUGGUAGCUGAAAGAAAGCAACUAUCAUCUGUGUCUACAGCCUUACUGUUAGCUGUUGGUAUUGGGAUCUUCGAGGCAGUAGCCCUGUCUCUUGGACGUGGACCAUUUCUUAAAUUGAUGGGAAUAACAUUGGAUUCACCGAUGUGCAUACCUGCAGAACGAUUUCUUUUUUUAAGAGCUCUUGGUGCUCCUGCAUUUGUAGUGUCUUUGGCUCUUCAAGGCGUUUUACGAGGCUUCAAGGAUACAAAAACUCCUGUUUAUUGUUUAGCUCUUGGUAAUUUAUCUGCCAUACUUUUAUUUCCAAUACUGAUGUAUUCUUUGAAGCUGGGUGUAACUGGUGCUGCAAUUUCCACUGUCAUAUCUCAAUACAUUAUCGCCUUUUUAAUGAUUUGGCAUCUAAAUAAGAGGGUUAUAUUAUUGCCUCCGAAGCUGGGAGACCUGCAGUUUGAUGUCUAUGUGAAAUCUGGUGGUUUUCUUAUUGGAAGAACUCUUGCUGUUUUAACAACCACUACACUAGCAACUUCAAUGGCUGCUCGACAAGGCCCUGUAGCCAUGGCUGCACACCAGAUAUGCAUGCAAGUAUGGUUGGCUGUUUCUCUUCUUACAGAUGCAUUUGCUGCCUCUGCUCAGGCCCUAAUUGCCAGUUAUUCAUCAAAAGGUGACUAUAAAAAUGUUCGGGAAGUUUCAAACUUUGUGUUGAAGAUUGGCCUGUUGACUGGUGUUUCCUUGGCUGCAAUUCUGGGUGUAUCUUUUGGUUCCAUAGCUACCUUGUUUACCAAGGAUGCUGAAGUAUUAGGAAUUGUCAGAACUGGAAUAUUGUUCGUUAGUGCUAGUCAGCCUUUGAAUGCUCUGGCUUUUAUUUUUGAUGGCCUUCACUAUGGUGUUUCUGACUUUGCAUAUGCAGCCCGCUCUAUGAUGUUGGUUGGAGUAAUAUCUUCUGUCUUUUUGAUCUAUGCUCCAUCAGUUAUUGGCCUUCCUGGGGUCUGGUCAGGUUUGGCUCUCUUUAUGGGCUUGCGUACAGCAGCAGGAUAUAUCAGAAUACUAUCAAAAUCAGGUCCAUGGUGGUUCCUCCAUAAAGAUUUGCAGAGUGUUCAGCUUGCCAGUUGAGAUGUGAGCAAUAAAGAAUGAAUUGCAGGAAGUCAGAGCUUGGCAAAUUUCUCGGAUAGGCUGGUCAAAGAUUUUUGAAUAACAGUUUAUUAUCAUUUAUCCAAACAAUUCCUCAUUUUUAUCAGAAAAACUUUACCAUUAAAAUUGCUGACUUGUGAAUAUUGAUUUUGUUAAAUAUAUUCAUUCAGCAGUAUUGUAUACAGUUUUUUCGUUGCCCACUUGCUUAUAGUCCAUGUUUUUGGAGUUUGAAAAUGUUCUUGUUUUGUAAAUUAUUAAAGAAAAUAAUAUAUUGGUUGAAUAUUAUAUUUA